UAAAAGCUUCACUGGGGUUCACUCGAAUCCCGAGCCGCGAACCCGGAGGUUAAUAUCCUGUCAUCUGUAGAAGCGGGAAGGGGCGCUUUAUAGGGGUGCAUGGCGACAACCAGCACACGUUUGACUCCUGCCCGUCUGCCAGGUACUCAUUUUUUAAAAUACUGAAGGCACUGUUACACUAUACAACUUUCUUUAGGUUCUUGCAUCUUGCAAUGCAAAUUUACUCCUGAGGCAAAUAAAGUUGACUAAUACGAACAUUUCUUAAGAUCUGCUAACUUCUUCUUAGCAUACGAAUUAACAUCCCUCAAAAUUAUAACCGCAUCGCAAGUUGCAAGAAAAAUUGCCUAGUGUAACAGCGCAUUUACACACGAAAGCCUACGAAAGCCUCGGUUCUGAGAAGAGGAGUUUGUCGGCUCAAAUAUUUGCCAAGAAAUACUGACUUUAGUAUCGGUAUCGAAAAAAUGGCGGUAUCCGCAUAUCGAAUGAAAAAAGGUGGUAUUGCCUAUCACUAAAACUCAAGACUUCAAUUAAUCGGGUAACUAUAGGGUGCCGAUGAUUGAAUCUACCGAACAUUGAAUAAUUAUAUGCACAAAUACACAUCAUGAAUAUAAUAUGAUAUCUGAUAUCUUAUUAUGAAAAUGCCAGUGUCAUCUUGUGAAAGUAAGAGAUUAAUAUUACAAUCAUAAACACAAUUCCUGCAGUUAGCUGUAGAAUUUUGGUCUUUAAUCUUUGCUUCCAUUAAUAUGUGGUCAGAAUGAAAGGCAUUAAAACCUUUGUAAACUGUUGUGUCGAGUAUUUGGUAUUCCGAUGUUUGUAAUUUCGUUUGCAAAGGCGUUUUUACGAGGACGUUUUCCAAAAAGAUUUAUCAUCAGGAUUAUAUUAAUCUCUAUUCUCUUCCUUAUAUUUCUUAUUGGAACUGUCAAAAUAGCUUCAAACUCAUCGAAUAGUAUUGCUUUAACAAAUGACAUUGACACUGACAACUGCACUUCAUCAACUAAGAAUAUUUCGUGCAUCAAGUCUGGAGAAUUAGAGAUCGAUUCAACAUCGGAACGAUUCAGUCAAAAGUGUGACAUACCAAUAAAAAAUAGCCAUUUCUCUUUGGCCCAUAGAUUUCCUCACAUUAUAAUAAUUGGUUUCGGAAAGGCAGGAACACGUGCUCUGUAUCAAAUAAUUCGCCUUAACCCCAAGGUUGUUGGACCUCCCAAUGAACUGCGCUUCUUCUCAAAUGACGCGAAAUACAAAUUGGGAGUGAACGCCUACACCAAACGGAUGCCACCAACAACGUCAACUCAGAUAACAAUAGAAAAGAGUCCAGAUUAUAUAAUUAAACCAGUUGCAGCUAUACGAUUGAAGAAAGCAAUUGAAAGAUGUGGUCGCAGUAGGGACAUUAAAUUUAUUGUUGUUUUACGAGACCCAUUCACUCGAACAGUUUCUGAAUACCUGCACUGGAAGUUGUAUUUACAAUCUGAAGGGAAAAACAUUCGUAGUUUUGAAAAACUGGCUAUCAAGAAUUCCGGCCACGUUGACAAUCUCCGUGCUCAGGUAAAUACAAGUGCUUAUUCUUAUCACGUACAAAAUUGGCUGAAAGUAUUUGAUUUGAGUCAAAUGUGUUUUGUUGACGGUGACCGUCUUGCCAAAAAUCCAUAUCCCGUUGCGAAGAAGUUAGAAAAAUGUCUGGAACUUGAAGACUUUAUCACACAAGAACAUUUUUACUAUAAUAAAGCGAAAAGAUUUUACUGUCCUGUAGACCGUAAAGGAAAUCCAAAAUGUCUUUCUUCAAACAAGGGUAGACCUCAUCCAAAGAUUGACGUGGACGUUGAAAUGAAACUAAGAGCAUUUUUCAAGCCAUACAACAAGGCGCUGUAUAAUGUAACUGGGAUAAAUUUUGGUUGGAGGUAGUGAAAUAAACGUCAGUGUACCUGAUUUUAACAUGAUACUGAUGAUAGACUUGCGGAUGAUAAAUAAAUGAGUACAAAUUGCUCGACUUGUCACCAAUUAUUCCUCGACUCCUCAAAUCGUACACCUCUAUUCAACUUCACAGGAUUGACCCUAACCCUAAAAAUAUCGUUUGGUUUAAAAUGUCGGAGACGGGGGGCUUCGAGACAUAGGGGCCUCGUAC